GGAGGGGAGCGCGGCUGCCUGGGUCCCAGUCACCAAAGCGGGUGGCUAGGGCAGUGGGGAAAGGAGCGUCAGUCCAGGCAGGCCCGAAGGUCGGAGGUCAGGACUGAGGUGAGGCUCCCUCACCUGGAGGAAGGUCUUGGCCCAGACGCGGAAAUGGAGUAGCAGACUUCGGCUCUCUUGCCGGUGCAGUGGCCCCAGCUCGCAGCGCAGCCGGAAACACUCGGCCUCCGGGCAUUUCUGGGAAGAAAGCGGAGGCUUGAAUGCGGCGUUCCGCCCUGCUGGUGGCUCUGAGGAUGCAAACAGAUACUCAACGCUUCGACCCAGACCUCAUUUCCAGGAGGACUUACCAGGAUCUGAGGCCCUGAGGAGGCAGGGCUCCGGCCUGGAGCAUCCCGUCUUUGCAGCCGGUGGUGCUGGGAACCCUCGGGAUCCAACUGGAAGAGGAAAGGGACCAUUAGCUGCCUCUCUCACCUCAUUACAGCCUCUAAGUCAGCCUGCCUCUGGGGUCCAGAGCAGCUUCGACCUGGUCUUCCACCCAUACAACUGACCACCUCCUGUGGCAAGGCACCGACCUCAGCACUGAAAUACCAAAACGGGAACUUAGCUCCCCAACUAGGGAUUGAACCCGUGCCGCCUGCAGUGGAAGCGUGGAGUCCUAAUCACCGGACCACCAGGUAGCUGUCAUCGUAAAUGGAACUGGCCUGGCGAGUCUGCAGCUGCCCCCGAACUGGGUUGAUCAGGAUCUUAGUUUCGUGUCCGGGGAUGGAACCCAAGCACCCUGCACUGGAAACACGGAGUCUUGACCACUGGACCGCCAGGGAAGUCCUGUUUUUUGUUUAAUUAUCAUCCCUUGGGCUGAAUAGAGUGUGCUUCACAGCCUUUGGUUCAUAUUAAGACCCUAAAAAGAAAUGUGUUGAUGCAAGCAGAGCCCAAGCCUGCUUGUUGCAGGCUACUGUUUGUUUGUUUGUUUUAACAAAUUUAUUUAUUUAUUUUUGGCUGCAUUGGGUCUUAAUUGCUGCACGUGGGAUUUAGUUGCAUCAAGUGGGGGAUACUCUUCGUUGCAGUGCAUGGCCUUCGUCAUUGCGGUGGCUUCUCUUGUUGUGGAGCACGGGCUCUAGGCACGCGGGUUUCAGUAGUUGUGGCACGUGGGCUCUAGAGUACAGGCUCAGUAGUUGUGGCGCACAGGCUUCGUUACUGUGCGGCAUGUAGGAUCUUCCCAGACCAGGGCUCGAACCCAUGUCCCCUGCACUGGCAGGUGGAUUGUUAACCACUGCACCACCAGGGAAGCCCGGCUACUGGUUCUUAAUCUUGCCUGCACAUUAGAAUCAUCUGGGGAGCUUUUAAAACAUAUUGUGCCACGUUCCCCUCCCAGACCAAUUAAAGGGUUGGGCAUAGUUAUUUUUAAAAAUCUACCCACAUGAUCUAAUGUGCAGUCAGGGUUGAGAACCACUGACCUAGGCACUGUUUUGAACUUACAAAAGCUAUUCUUCACCUGGGUGGCCUAGAUGAUUCCUGUGAAGGAGGAGCAAGCUGUUAAAGUGCUUCUUGAAAGAUGAUUGCUAAGAAUGAAAGCUUCCUUACAAGCUUAGCACAAAGCAUUUUAGGAAAAGCUGCUGUUUUGGCGAAUCAGUUUCAGAUUGUUCAGAGUAUCUUAACGUAAUCUUUACGAAAUCCUAAACCUUAAACCUCUGGAUUUAUCACAACAUUAUUCAUGCAGAAUUAGUGGGGCCACUGUGACUUGAAAUGAAAUGUGAUUUUUCAGGCUUUAUUUAUUAUUCAUUUUUUUUGGCUGUGUUGGGUCUUCAUUGCUGCACGCGGGCUUUCUCUAAUUGCGGCGAGUGGUGGGCUGCUCUUUGUUGCAGUGCGAGGGCUUCUGAUUGCAGUGGCUUCUCUUGUUGCGGAGCACAGGCUCUAGGUGCAUGGGCUUUGGUAGUUAUGGCUCAUGGGCUCUAGGGCACAGGCUCAGUAGUUGUGGCUCGCGGGCUUAGUUGCUCCACGGCAUGUGGGAUCUUCCUGGACCAGGGCUCGAACCCGUGUCCCCUGCACUGGCAGGCGGAUUCUUAACCACUGUGCCACCAGGGAAGCCCGAUUUUUCGGGCUUUAAAUUGAGGUAAUCUGGUGAAAUUGUUGACACUUUCUGUGACCCAUCCGAACUUUUCAUUCAGAUACCUGAAGGUUGAAACUUCUGGGGAAGAAAGAGCUAAGAGCUUGAGAGGACGGGGAGUGGGUACCAAACCAGAAUCCAAAGUCAGGCUUCAGUGCAUUCAGUAAUGCUUUGUCAGGGUGACAGGAUCCUCAACUGAUAAAGUUGUUCCAUUUAGCACCAGUGAAUGAGCCCACUGACUUUCAAACAAACAAACAAAAGAACCAAACCUGUCUUUCAAUGGUGGAGAUAUUAAAAUAAAAAUGCAUCACACAUCUAUUCUUUCUAUUCUUAAAUGCUUUGUUCAUUCCUUUCCAACCCAGAAAGUUCCUGCUUUAUCUGAUAUCCCUGCUGAGCUUUCUUUCAGACUGAUUUUCCAGCCAGGUUGAAUGUAUUUGAAAAGGAAAAAAAAAAGAGAGAGACCAAGGCAUUUACACAGGGUCAUUCUAAGAGCUAGUUGGGAUUAAUUCCCUAAACUGAAUCUGAUCUUUGCUGGUUCUAUCUCUGGAUAUGCUUGCAUUUAUCCCUAAAUUAUAAAUUAUAUUUUUAGAGUUAUUAGUUAAAAAUAAAGACUGAACUAAUGAGUAAAGAGACAUCUGUAUGCUAAUGACUGGAAAAAAAACCCCCAACUUUGUUAGAAGAUGAGUUUUCUCAGUUUUUAGGACUGAAGGAAUCCCAGUAGUCUUUCAGAUUCUUUAGAGAUUUUCAGUGUUUCAGAAAGCCUGAUAAAACUUAAACUUUUGCCCAUCAGAAGACUAAAACAUUAAAUUUCUUUGUUUUUGGCUUAAAUUUUAUCAACUAAGUCCUGGUUCCCUCAUCUAAUUAUGAUUUCUGAUUGGUUGUUAAGUGUAUAAUUUAAAAUAGGAAAAUUAUUCAAUAAAUGAAUUGCAAAAUAUUUCAAAAAGAGAUCUAUGGGGGAACAUAAUAGAUGUUCUUAUUGGUGAGGUUAGAUUGGGAAGUAUUGCUGUAGAGGAGGGUGAGAAGUUGGGGCUGGUUACAAUUUUUCAGGCAAAGUAGCAGGGAGAGGUGUUUCCACCAGGGAGCCACUGAAAAUAAAUUUAUGUUUAAAAAAGGGUCAUUAAUGGGAGUUUGCCAAGAAUAGCCAGCAACCCCCUCCACAAACACAGGAUGAUACAGGAUAAAUGAAAAACCAGUAGUGGGGCCUCCCUGGUGGUGCAGUGGUUGAGAGUACGCCUGCCGAUGCAGGGGACACGGGUUCGUGCCCUGGUCCGGGAGGAUCCCGCAUGCCGCGGAGCGGCUGGGCCCGUGAGCCGUGGCCGCUGAGCCUGCGCGUCUGGAGCCUGUGCUCCGCAACGGGAGAGGCCACAACAGUGAGAGGCCCGCGUACCGCAAAAAAAAACCGGAAAAAACAAAAACAAAACAGUAGUAACUUCUUAAUUUUUGUCUUUAAAUUCAUUCUGUGUCCUAAUAUGUAAAUAUUAUAUAGCUGUGUAAUCCACAUUGCCUGUAAUAGUUGCCAGUGUACUCGAGCAAUCUGUUCUCUGUGUUUUUCCUUGACUUCUAGGUAAUUUCUUUCCCUGGGACUCAGCAAUAAAUAGCCCCUCAUGCCCUUACUGGUGCUGGCAUCUAAGACGUAAAUUCACUUAAACUGCGUGUCAUACCAGUUGUUCUCAGAGUGUGAUCUCCAGACCAGCAGCAUCAGCGUCACUUGGUAACAUGAGAAAAAUGCAGAUUCUUGGGCCUUACUACUGAAGCAGAAACUCAGGGCUGCUUGGAAAGCCUGAACAAAAAUGCCCAUAAAGUAUGGACCAACAAAAGGAUAAAAGAUGCGGAACCAAUGAGAUACGUUUUGACUUGUUCAGACCCCAAAUCCAAGCCCCCUUUCUUACUGGAAAAGUCCAUGGAAUCAUCUCUCAAGUACAUCAACAAGAAAUUUCCCAACAUAGAUGUCCGAAACAGCACGCAACAUUUAGGACCAGUACAUCGGGAAAAAUCUGAGAUAAUUAGAUUCCUCACCAACUACUACCAGUCAUUUGUGGACGUUAUGGAAUUUCGGGAUCAUGUAUAUGAACUUCUCAACACGAUUGAUGCCUGCCAGUGCCAUUUUGAUAUUAAUCUCAACUUUGACUUCACUCGGAGUUACCUGGACUUGAUAGUGACCUAUACCUCAGUUAUUUUACUUCUGUCACGGAUUGAGGAUCGACGGGUGCUCAUUGGCGUGUACAACUGUGCCCAUGAGAUGCUGCAUGGACAUAGUGACCCCAGUUUUGCCCGUCUUGGUCAGAUGGUCUUGGAGUAUGACCACCCUCUGAAGAAGCUGACAGAGGAGUUUGGGCCUCACACAAAGGCUGUGAGUGGAGCCCUGCUUUCUUUGCACUUUCUGUUUGUCCGAAGGAACCAGGGGGCUGAGCAGUGGCGUAGUGCCCAGCUUCUAAGUCUCAUCAGCACCCCUGCAGCCAUGAUUAACCCUGCUAAUUCAGACACAAUGGCCUGUGAGUACCUGUCUGUGGAAGUGAUGGAGCGCUGGAUUGUCAUUGGGUUUCUUCUUUGUCACGGGUGCCUCAACUCCAAUAGCCAGUGCCAGAAGCUGUGGAAGCUGUGUCUGCAGGGUUCCCUGUACAUCACCCUCAUACGGGAGGAUGUGCUACAAGUGCACAAGGUCACCGAGGAUCUGUUUAGCAGUUUGAAAGGGUACGGCAAGCGAGUGGCAGACGUAAAGGAAAGCAAGGAACAUGCAAUUGCAAACAGUGGCCAGUUUCACUCUCAAAGGCGUCAAUUUCUGCGGAUGGCUGUGAAGGAGCUGGAGACUGUGUUAACCGAUGAACCAGGACUACUGGGUCCCAAGGCCCUUUUUGCUUUCAUGGCCCUGUCCUUCAUUCGUGAUGAGGUCACUUGGCUGGUUCGCCACACAGAAAAUGUCACCAAGACGAAGACACCUGAGGACUAUGCUGACUCGAGCAUUGCAGAACUGCUUUUCUUGUUGGAGGAGAUUAGGGCUCUGGUCCGAAGACACGUCAAGGUGAUAGAGCAAUACCACCUUCAGUACCUGGCCAGAUUUGAUGCUCUUGUGCUCAGUGACAUCAUUCAAAACCUGUCUGUGUGUCCUGAGGAGGAGUCCAUCAUAAUGUCCUCAUUCGUCAAUACUCUCUCCUCUCUGAAUCUCAAGCAAGUUGAUAAUGGAGAAAAAUUUGAAUUUUCUGGAUUGAGGCUGGACUGGUUCCGUCUACAGGCGUAUACCAGUGUGGCUAAGGCUCCCCUGCACCUGCACGAGAACCCUGACUUAGCCAAGGUGAUGAACCUCAUUGUCUUUCACUCUCAAAUGCUGGACUCAAUAGAGAAUAUGCUGGUGGAAACUUCUGAUUUAUCUACUUUCUGCUUUCAUCUUCGUACAUUUGAGAAGAUGUUUGCUAUGACCCUGGAGGAACCUGCCAUGUUGCGUUAUGCCAUCGCUUUUCCCCUGAUUUGUGCUCACUUUGUCCACUGCACUCAUGAGAUGUGCCCAGAGGAGUACCCCCACCUGAAGAACCAUGGCCUUCAUCACUGCAACUCCUUCCUGGAAGAGUUGGCCAAGCAGACCAGCAACUGUGUCCUGGAGGUCUGUGCUGAACAGCGAAACCUGAGUGAGCAGCUUCUACCUAAGCACUGUGCCACUACCAUCAGCAAGGCCAAAAACAAGAAAACCAUGAAGCAGAGGCAGACUCCGAGAAAAGGAGAGCCUGAGAGGGACAAACCAGGAGCUGAGAGUCACCGGAAGAACCGCAGCAUUGUCACCAACAUGGACAAGCUACACCUAAACUUGACAGAAUUGGCACUGACAAUGAAUCAUGUACACAGCUUCUGUGUAUUUGAACACACCAUCUUCCCUUCUGAGUAUCUCAGCAGCCAUCUGGAGGCCAGACUCAACAGAGCCAUUGUGUGGCUGGCUGGCUACAAUGCCACAACCCAGGAGAUCGCCAGGCCUUCUGAGCUCUUGGUAGGAGUCAAAGCGUACAUCGGUUUCAUAAAGUCACUGGCCCAGUUUUUGGGUGCAGAUGUGUCCAGAGUCAUCCGCAACGCCCUCCUGCAGCAGACGCAGCCACUGGACUCAUGUGGGGAACAGACUAUCACCACUCUGUACACAAAUUGGUACCUAGAAAGUCUGCUUAGACAGGCGAGCAGUGGGACCAUUAUCCUCUCACCAGCCAUGCAGGCCUUCAUCAGCCUCCCCAGAGACGGGGAGCAGAACUUCAGCGCAGAGGAGUUCUCUGACAUCUCUGAGUUGCGGGCUUUGGCUGAACUCCUGGGCCCCUAUGGCAUGAAGUUCCUGAGUGAAAACCUGAUGUGGCAUGUGACCUCUCAGAUCGUGGAGCUGAAGAAGCUGGUGGUGGAAAACAUGGAUGUGCUUGUUCAGAUCAGAUCCAACUUUAGCAAGGCAGACUUGAUGGCUUCUCUGCUUCCCCAGCUGAUGGGGGCUGAUAAUGUACUGAAGCGUAUGACCAUCAUUGGAGUUAUCCUCAGUUUUAGGGCCAUGGCCCAAGAGGGACUUCGGGAGGUUUUCUCCUCCCACUGCCCAUUUCUUAUGGGUCCCAUUGAAUGCCUGAAGGAGUUUGUCACCCCAGACACAGAUAUCAAGGUGACCCUGAGUGUCUUUGAGCUAGCAUCUGCUGCAGGGGUGGGCUGUGACAUUGACCCAGCUCUGGUGGCUGCCAUUGCCAAUCUGAAAACUGAUACGUCAUCCCCUGAGGAAGAAUAUAAGGUGGCCUGCCUGCUCUUGAUCUUUCUUGCCGUUUCCCUCCCCCUUCUUGCCAUGGACCCAGCUUCCUUCUAUAGCAUUGAGAAGGAUGGUUACAGCAACAAUAUUCACUGCUUGACCAAAGCCAUCAUCCAGGUGUCUGCUGCCCUCUUCACCCUCUACAACAAGAACAUUGAAACUCACCUCAAGGAAUUUCUGGUGGUAGCUUCCGUCAGCCUCCUGCAGCUGGGCCAGGAGACUGACAAGCUUAAAACCAGAAAUCGGGAAUCCAUUUCUCUGCUUAUGCGCUUGGUGGUGGAGGAAUCCUCCUUCCUGACUCUGGACAUGCUGGAGUCCUGUUUCCCGUAUGUCCUGCUUCGAAAUGCCUAUCGGGAGGUAUCCCGGGCCUUCCACCUGAACCGAGUGUCGGCCAGUACCCACUGAAGGGCCCCUUGGACCUGCCUCAGCCCGCGCUGCAGUGGAAACUGUGGCUAUUUUCUCAAAGGGUGGGGUCGCUAGAGAGAGGAUCAGCCAGAGUUGGUGAAGAGGAAUAUGGGGGAACAGCCCAGGGCUGAGAUAUCAUAGACAAGUGGGGCCCACUGGGGCGGGGAGUGGAGGAUUUUUUAUGGAAAAAAUUUAGGGGAUUGGGGCCACGGGUAUGAAGUUUUACAAUGAAAAAAACUUGACACACAAGUAUGUUUUCUAUCUUCUGGGGACUAGAGCUUGAGCUCUGACUGGCAUGGGUCUUUUCGACCUUCAUCACUAUUCUAGGACAAUGCUGGCGGGCAGAGAUGAUCAAUCAUCAUAUUAAACCAUAAUGAGCCUAUAAUCCUCCCACUGGAGCUGCUUUUGUCUUCUGCACAUUCAUUAGGACGAUUAUCUCCUCUCUUCCUCCUCCAAAUGUGUUCAGCAAGCGUUCGGCCUGCCCCUACUGCAAAGUAGUAGCAAAGGAGCCCCUUUUUCCCUCGUGGGAGCUCUUGUAGGAGCCGUGAGUCUCUUCCUCUGCUUCCAGCUCUGCGGCCUGCAGGGGCAACGAGGAAGUGCUCUUGAGAGGUUUUCACUGCCCCAAACCCCCCCUCACCUGCCCUACCACACCUUGUAGGUAACCAGUUAAGUCCUCUCAUCUGUUGAACUUUAACCCUCCUGCUUUUCCUUGACAUCGCCACAACCCAGAGCAGAGGGUCAGUCUAGAUUAAUUGUAGGUCACAGGACAACUAAUUGGACCAGUGUCAUGUGAGUUUCCGUCACAUAGCAUUUGGGGGUAUUCUCCCCCCUGUUUGGAGGGACUAACUUAACCCAAAUCCCCUUGUCAUCCUGGGUACAGCUGUUGCUCCAGGCAGGAAUUUCUCUUCUAGAUCUUAAAUUUCAUAGACCUCAUUAGGUUACAGGGCCCUGAGAGUAGGUAUACUUGAGGGAGUACAAGCUGUUUCAGCUUCGCCCUUUUCUGCACUAAUUAGAAUUUCAAGUGUCACAAAGCCCAGGGCAUUCAAGAUAGCACUAAACUAGGUUUAGUUAACUCCGUGGCAGGAAACAGUGGCACCCAUCCAGCACUUCUGUGCACCCAGUGCCAGGGAGGACUGGAGCAACAGAUCAUGUAUGUCACAAGUCUAGAGUGGUUGGAAUGGGCAAAUAUAAUUAACUAAUUGAUUAAUUAGGGUCAUGUCUAUACUUCCAUGAUAAAAGGGAAGCGAUUUUUGGUUUUCAGCAAAUCCAUCGGAGUUCAUUAAAGCUAUUUGUUAGCUAUUUUUA